AUGGAGAAUAAAUUAAAGGAAUUGGAAGAGAAACGAAAAAGAUUAAAAGAGUUAAGACAAAGGAAAGAUCGAUUUAUUAAUAUUGUUAAUGCCAAUACCAAGACUAAUAAUCCCAAUGAUAAUGGUAAUGAAGGGAGGGCUCAGGAUGGACCAUUGAAGCAACAGGUGUCAUCUCCAGAUGAUAAAAGAGAAAUCGAAAUGAUUAAUGUGGCAGUACAGACUGAUCAAGAACACAUUUCUGAAUCAUAUAAUAAUCACAUUGACGAUGGAGAAUCGGAAUCCCAUAAUAUAUUUGUAUCUCAUGAAAUCAUUACUUAUAGUAAGGGUAUACAAACAGAUGAAUAUUUCGAGGAUGAUGAGAACAAUGGUGCAGAUGCCAAUGCCAAUGAAUCUUCGAAUCUCAAGACAAAUGAACAACAUACUUCUAGUCUUCAGAAUCAGAGGAAAGAUGAAGAGAACGGAGAUAUAAUAUCUAAGAAAGAUAUUAAGUUUUUAGAACCAUUGUUAGUGACAAAUCAAGCGAACUCAAUCUCCACGACAGGUAGAAGUUUUUCGAUUACAGAAAUGUUACAAGAUUUAAAUAUGUAUGAUGGUAAGCUUUCAUCAUCAAAAACAAGGUUGAUAUCUAAUAAUUCUAGUGCCCUUAAACAUCUUAAGAGUUGGGAAACAAGACUACCGGUGCAAUUACAUAAUUCUGAAAACUAUGAACCUAUAUGUAUGUCCAUUGAUUUCUAUUAUAAUGAACUUUGUAUCGUUUUAAUGAAAUUAUCGAUGAAAGAAGGGAACAACAGUACUAAAAGUAGGAAAUAUCAAAUGAAUGGAUUAGAAUGGUCCUAUUUGGAAAUAUUUCAUUAUGGUAAAUCUAUAUUAUUGGAUAGGGUUGAUUUUAGAGGUCAAUCAAUGAUUGGGGCCAAUUUUUUACAUAAUGUUGAAAUUGAAUCCAAAUAUUCAGAUAAUAUUUUCGAUAAUCAUUCUGUUAUCCCGAUCCUUAUCAGAUCAAGCACAGGUAAGACGAUACUUUAUGAACUUCGGGAAACAAUGACAACACCAAAAUCGAGUACGACGAUAAAUACGAAGAGUUUUGAAAGGAAUUUAAUUAUAAAGAAUUAUCAUAAUAGUCCGAUUUUAGGAUGGGAUGAAUAUUAUAUGACUGCUAUGGGGAACCAACGGAUUAUUACGGGUAGUAAUAAUGGGAUAAUUAAUGAAAUCAACUCGAUGGAUUUAUCAAUUUUUAAUGAUUCUUCGAUAAGUAAUAAGGAGAAAAUAUCUCAAAUUAAAAUCGUAGCUCCAAAUCGAAAUGAUUUACUUUAUUUAGAAUUCAAGCAAGGUGGUUAUGAUGAUGAUGGUAAUGAUAAUGAUAACGAUGGUGCCGACGACCUUGAGGAAUCGAUAGAGAUUAAAAUGUUUAGGAAACAAUUAUUAAGGAUAUCUCAAAAUUCCGAACUAUGUAUUACUUCGCUUGUUUUACAACCUGGUAAUCCUGAAUGUAUUUUUUUAGGUACAGAAGAUGGAGGUAUUUAUAAGAUAUUUUUAAACGAUGUGAAGGAGAAAAAGAAGAUUGUCGUAUCGUUAUCUAAUAAUGGAUUCUUACCAACAAUACCGAAAGGUACUGAUGAAGGAUAUAUUAGUUGGGAAGAAGAUAACGAAGUUUCAUCAUCAUCAGAAGAUGAACAAGAAAACGAACAUUAUGAUUAUCGCUAUAAAACUACGGAUGAUGGUACCAAGUUUCUAUUUCAUAAUAGUUAUAUUAUACGAAUGAUAUUCCAUCCUGAACAUGAACAAUUAUUAAUGUCUUGUUCAUUAGACUGGACAUGUAGUUUAUGGGAUAUACAAGAGAAUGAGAGAUUAGACACUGUUGAUUUAGGUGCACCUAUAAUUCAGAUAUCUUGGCUUCCUCAACUAAAAAAGAAACAAAGAGAAUAUCAAGAUGAUGAUGAUGAUGAUGAUGCUGGUCAAGGCAUGACUUUUUGUGCAAUGAGUUGCGAGAGUCUUUACCUGAUUAGAUGGAAUAUUACGAGGGAAAUACGUGACAUCGAGAUGGAGAACAAUGAUUUUACAAUGGACUGGGUGUCAAAGGGCCCAGCAGUGAAAAAACUACUUAUCACUGCGGAUGAAUUAGGUAUGACCAUAUUCAGUGCGUUCAAAGUCUUUACACAAGAUAGAGAAGAAGGGAAAGAAGAGGAAGGUGGUGUCGUUAUAGCUCUUGGAGGAGACAGCAAUGAGAUACACUAUUUCAAUUUAGAUCUAAGUCUAUCACCGUCAUCAUCGUCACCACCAUCAUCAUCGUCACCACCAUCAUCAUCGUGA